AUGAAUACUGUCACGCUUAUAUCCAAUCCCAAAAAUUAUGAAGCUAAAGGAUAUGAGACUUCUUCGAAUCGAGUGAAAUUAUAUGGUGAAGCAUUGAACAUCAUUCGCGUGAGUUCCGAGCAGUUUAGAGAUAAUAGAGAUAAGAAAAAUCUCCUAGACAAUGAACUCGAUGAGCAUUUGAGUGAAAUCAUCGAUCAAUCAUAUGUUACUUUAACCCUGGGCCCAAAUGAUGAGAUUGACAUGGACGAUACCCAAAUCCUAGUUGAUGACGAAACAUCUCUGCCCUCACAACAUGCUCCGGGUAAAAAAACGAAACUGUGA